AUGGUUGGAGUACGAAAAGCACCACUUGGCUUGCACGAGGGCAAUUUUGCAGGCUCCUUAGGAGAAGACGCAGAGCCGGCUCGAGCGCCAGAAGUGAGCCGAGCCGAGCUGAGCUGGGCUGAUCCAUCGCAGGUUGGACUGUCACUGAGUAUCAGCCCGCAGAAGGACAGCCCACACCCUUUCUGUAACUUGCGAAAAGUGAACGGAGCUGCAAACAUGGGGAUCAGGGGUCUGAUCAGAGCCACAAACUACCAGCUGCUGGGCAUCAGUUUCAUCGUUAUGUUCCUUGGAGUUGCAGUUGCUGCAGUGACCUUGUGGACCUGCUUCAAUGAUAAGUUUUAUGUUAUCCGCAAUGUCACAAUGGAAACCAACAACUAUGCUAAAAUGCAUGAUCUGGCUGUGCAUAGUGGCCUGGCCAUCAGUGCCUUUCUCGUUCUCCUGGGAAUCAUCUGUCUGAUUGGAAUCGUGAGGGAAUCUGAAUUCUUGCUCAGUGUGGUGCUGAUCUGUUUUGCUCUGCUGUUCUGUGGAGUGGUACAGUUAGCAUAUUGGAGGUCUGCCUAUAAACAGGUGGUGGAGGAUGCAGCAAAGGAUGUGUAUGACUUUCUAUAUGCUGAUUACAUGAGAAACAUCUCCCAUCCUUCAAAACAGGAUUUAAUAAACAUUCACUCAGCUUUUUCUUGCUGUGGGAAGAACUCCACAUUCAGCUACUACAGGAAGGUUGAGAAUGAAACAUGCUUUCCAGAUCAUGGACCUCAAAAGGAUUGUCUUCAGUCAAUAGAGAAUCAGAUCGCCGACAAUAUGGCUAUCAUUGGAGUGCUGACCACUUUGCUGGGAAUUGUUACGGUCUAUGGAAUGAUCCUGACCGCCUUCUUCUGUUUUGCUGUUUGCUUGAUCCAGAUCUGGAACAAGAAAGGAAAGUACACACUAGACAAGAAUCAUUGAACACUGGGCUCGAAUAAGAAACCAGGAGCCUGUGAACAAAGCUUUCUUGAUAAUUGUAAUAACUGUGAAAGAUACUAUCUCUCAGGUGCCUGAUUGCCUUUACCCUUAAGUGUGUUGUUUUUUAUGCUGAGGCAACAUGAAUGCCCGCAUGUUUACUUCACACUGAUUUGUUGAUAGCAAGUCCCAUGGGUUUUCCUGCCUCCCUUCUGUACUCUGCCUACAGAUUCUACUUUUAACAGGUGUGUCGCUUCAUGCUCUUGUAACAUAAAAGUGGAGCGCUGUGAUUUAGUAACUUGCAUUGUCAUUUUAAAGCAAAUGGCUUCAAAAAUUAAAAUAUUACUGCAAAAUUCCUGUCCACGAGCCUAGUAGCAAUGUUAAGCAUCAACGUAUCUUCAUUUUAAAGAGCACUUGCUUCAGUAACUACUCUGUGAUGAGGUCAAGCCUAGAAUGUUUGAUUUUCAUAACUGCUGGGAUUGUAUGGUUGCUACUUCUUGUAAUGGAUUCUGAGAUUCAUCAGGAAAGAUGAUUCAUCUGAACAAAUCAGGUUCAUCUCUACUUUUGAUGUUAACCCACCCUGUUCUAAGAUUGUCUUGCUUCAUUCUCACUGUCCUCCCAUUACACUGUCACUUUAGUCUUAAUCAGAUAAUAGACCCAUCUCAUUUAGCCUAUAUUUGAGUGGCUCAGAGUCCCAGCAAGAAGUGCAGCUGCCUCACAGCUCCAGUUUCCAAUCCUGACCUUGGGUGCUGACUGUGUGUAGAGUUUGCACAUUCUCCCUAUGACUGCAUAUGUUUCACUCAGUUGCUCCAGUUUCCUCCCAUAUCCCAAAGUGUGCUGGUUAGUUACUUGGCUACUCUAAAUUACUCCUCAUUUAGGUGGACGGCAGGGGUCUCAGAGGGUAGUUCAUGGGUAUAUGAGAGAGAAUAGAGCACAAAGAAAUAAAUAGGGCAAUGGGAUAGUUAGGAAUGUUCUGAGAGCUGACAGAUUCAAUGGGUUGAAUGGCCUCCUUCUCUGUCAUAACAAAAUACAAAUAACAUACUGCCCUUGGAUGACAUGGGCAUCACACCAAGUAGUCAUGUUCCUCUUCUCCUAAUUGAUUGGAGCUCUUAUUUCAGACCAUUCCCUCCCCCACAGUAAUCUGCAAAUUGACAGUACUCCUGACCUCAGUGUUAAAUCCUUCUCAUUCCAAAAUUAAAAUGUUUCACUGUUUGGUACCCACUGGGUGACUCACACACACAGGCAGCGAGAUGACAUGAUUGACAGAUGAAUAGCCCCAAUGUUUAAUAAACAAUACAACUUCUGUGCAAUACUGCCUCAACUAUUGAAAGGAUGAAUUAUGCAAUGUUUUCAGUGCCUUCAGAUGGUCUUUGCUGCAGUGAGAGUCUGUUUGUUACACUUAAAUACUUGGUACUAAUGUCUUCUAUCUUGCUGGCGAUGGCUCAGUGGGUCAGUGAUCCAGCUGGUGUGGUACUGAGCCACACAGGCCCAGAAGCUCCUAGAAUUAAUUGAUGCCUUGUACUGUUAGCUGAUUAGAGCUGGGGACAGCAGCUGUGGUGGUACCGUUGACCACAACUCCCUGGGUUUGGGUAGCUAAAAUCAGGUGAAGUUCCUAAAUCUAAUUGUCAUCCAAUGAUACCUGCACCAUAAUAUGUGCUUGUAAAAAUUCCAGGUGCAUGCUGCCUGUGGAAAUGUCCAUCACCACUGAAAGAGAGAUCUCAUAUCCAAAGGCUACAACUUUUAAAUAUUUCAGGCCAACUGUGAAUGAUAAUAAUUGUGUAAUUAUACAUAUUGCCAAUUUAAAAUGUAUUACAGACCAUUAUUCUCUUGGAAUUAAAAUUGUGGUCAGUAGGAAAGUGGACAUUUGCAUUUAUAUAGAACCUUCUAGCUCCUCAAGAAAUGUGUCUAUUGUGCCUGCAGACAUAGCAGUCAGGAUGCACACAAAGUCCCACAGACUGCAGUGAGAAAAAUGACCAAGUAAUACACUUCUGCUCAUCUUGGUUGAAAUGAACGUUAGUCAAGGCACCUCUUAAUAUGUUCAUUUUCUCCAGAGGAGAGACAUCGAUGUAACACUAUUCAUAAGUCAGCUCUGAAUCCCUCUCAGAACCCACUGGUGUGGCAGGCUAGGUUACAUAUCCACCUCCAGGGUGGGGCUUUGACCACAACUUGCAAAUUCAGAGAGACAAUCAUGUUACUAGUGAGCUGAGGCUAAUGUUAAUUAAUGUACAGUCAUGGAAGCCAUUUCUUUAGUGCUCCAUAAGUUGAAAGCAUAACAGCUGAUGAGCUGCAAGGGCCUCCAUGGUCUUAUUGAAUUCAGCACAAUAUCAAAACAUUUCCAAUCCUGCUUGAAUAAAAUCACACAGACAAGUAAAAUACGAAACCAGUGUUGUACAACCAAGUAAAGUAAUAAAUGGAUAGACAGGCAGGCAACUUGAGCAUAGCUUUGGACAUGCUGGAAGAUGAGAAAGAACAGCAUACAGAAAAAAAGAAACAACGAAGGAAAGAAAGACCAAUGUGACAAGGCAGGGAUCUAAAGCAAAAGCAAUCCAAGGGUUCAAUGACAAAAUAAAGAUUAAGAAUGCAACACCAAAUCAACAGAAAGGCUGGGCACAAAAUUAUGCAGGUAGAAAUCCAACAACAUUAUGCAGUAAGGAAUAUGUAAUACAACAUCUGUCUACCAAACAUACAAGUACAAAAUUCUGCAAGUAGUGAGGCUGAAUAAUGUAGCCAGCCAGAGAGCACUAAUGCAAAACUAAGCAAGUAGACAGUCCUUCCACUUCAAAUAGAGCCGCACAGAUGGCUGAGCACCCCGAGAAACCAAUAUUGAUCUGAAUUACACUGGACUGUCAGUCAUAUACCAGCUGGGGAUUAAUUCAAACAAUAUCAUGCACAAGGGCAGAACAGCAACGCAGGUGUAAGUAUUGUUUCUGGGGAGACACCAGGUAUCAGUCCCUUCAUGAUAACUAUUGUUGGGUGGAGCAACAGAUAGUGCCAUCAUUAGCGCUAUCAAACAAUUUAUUUGUGAGAGACGUAUAUUAGUCUUUAAUUUUACACAGAUUUCCCUGGUAUGUUUCAGGGUGUAUAUUCGAAUUAUUAGAACUGUGUUGAAAGAAAUGAAAAGAUCUGUUGAAAACAUUAAAAGAUUUAAUUCUAGAUAUGUUACAAAGAUUCCCCUUCUGUGUUUACUGACUCCCUGCUCCCUGUUUUGUAGAAAUUCUUCUAUACUGAGUACAGACUUCCUCUGCGUUUAGUCUGCAGUUUAAUGUAGUCAUAGAUACCCCAUGCAUUAGACGCUGGAGCUCGUCUGGUUCUGUGCGUGGUUCAGUGGAAUGGAUAGACCAGCAUUAGGAAGGAUAUGGGGCAGGGGAAAGGAGGCGGCAUUGAAAUGGCAGUUUUGCGAGGUGCGAAUGCAGUGAGGGGAAAGCCAGCUCUGCUUAAGAGGCCCAGUUCGUUCAACACUAGCUAUAAAUCCUUUUUCAUUCACCAAGUGGUUCAUUGAAGGCACAGACGUCCCAAUGGCCAAGAGAGCAACAAUCUGAGUCUAGAUGGGGCUGAGUGGGUGUGGGAAUGUGAGUGGAAGCAUAACAUUUAUAAAAAUUUCCAACGCUGAAAUUCUCUCCUGGUUGGAACAAAUACAUCUGGCAAGAAGUAUAUGAUGUGCUUCUGCAUACUCUUACUGCAGUUUUGAGUUGUGAUUCAGGAUACAGAGAUUUAACACAGCUUCACUAUAAUUCACGGUUGUAAUUGACUAUACGUAAACAUUAAGCGGCAUACAUGCAAACAAUAAACAAUUUAAUUAGGUUGAAUAUAGAGUAUAGACCAUAAACUUAAGUAGUGUGUUUGACCAAAACCAACCACAUCAUGAACAGGUUGUGAGAUAUAACCAGAGGCUAUAUUGGCUCUUAACCAAGUAGGUUUCUGUGAUUAGUGGAAAGGUGCUGAAUGUCUGCUGAGCUGAGUUUUUUUCUCCCGAGUUUUGGUAAUAGUUGUACACAAACAUUGAACAUAUUGUAUUGCUUAAUUCUGACUUACAAAAUUUGUACAAAAGUGAUCAAUAAUAGAAGAAUGACAACAUUGGAAAAAUGUAUUUCUCUUUUUGCAUUAUCACACGUUGUAUUUGGAUUUUCAGAGAGCAUUAGAUAACAUACUACACAAGCGAUUGUUAAACAAAAUUAGAGCAAAUGUAAUCGGUGAUAGGUAUAGAUUAAGGAUUAGUUAACAAACAGAAAACAAUGAGUAGAAAUAAAUGUGUCAUUUUCAUGUUGGGAGGUUGUGAUUAGUGGGGUGCUGCAAGGAUUGGUACUGGGACCCCAGAUUUUCAUGAUCUAAAUUAGUGAUUUGGGUGAGGGAACCAAGUGUAAUAUAUCUAAGUUCGUUGAUGACCCAAAGCUAGGUGGUAGAAUAGAUUGUGAGGAGAAUGCAGAGAGCCUUAGUGGUGAUAUAGACAUUAAAUUAUAGGGCAGGGACGUGGAAAAUGCAAUUUAAUGUGGAAAAAUGUGAGAACACCUGCUUUGGUAGGAAAAAAUAGAAAGGUGAGAGAUUGAAAGUUAUUGCUGUUCAGAAGGACAUGGUUUCCAUGUACAUGGAUCAUGAAAGAUGGAGUGGAAGUUCAGCAAGCAAUAGGCAGGCAAACUACAGUUUGGCCUUUACUGCAAGGAGAUUUGGUUAUAAGAGUAGGGCAUCUUGCUUUAAUUAUUCUGGGCCCUGCUGAGACAGCAUCUGGAAUAUUGUGUACUGCUCUGGUCUCCCUCUGUAAGGAAGGAAAUACUUGUGAGAGGGAAUGCAAUGAUGAUUCAUCAGUCUGACUCCUGGGGUGGUGGGUUUGUCAUAAGAGGAGAGAUUAAACAGAUUGGGCCCGUAAAACAAGAGAGGUCAACCUCAUUGAAAGUUACAGAAUUCUUCCAGAGUGUGACUGGGUAGAUGCAGAGUUGAUGUUUUUCCUGGCUGCGAUGUCUAAGAACAAGAGGUCACAGUCACAACAUAAGGGGUUGGCAAUUCAGGAGAGGGAUAAGAAGAUAUUUCUUCAGCCAAAGGCUAAUGAAUCUUUGGGGUUUUCAGCCAAGGGGGCAGUGCAGGCUCAGUUACUCAAUGUGUUCAACCUCCUGCUCAAUAGAUGUUUACUUUUUAACCAAAUCGAGGGAUAUGAGCUGAGUAGAAGAAAGUGGUGCCAAGGUAAAAGUCGGCCUUUAUUUUAUUGAGGGGACAAAUAGCCUACUCCUGCUUCUGUUUCUUAUGUUCUUAACGAUGUACAAGGAUGUUGGGUAUCACUUGGAAGUCAGCACUGAUGGAUCAUUCACAUUUGCAGUGGGAGCCCUCUUCCGGAACUUACAACAUUCAUGAAACUCCUGCUCCUGGCCUGCUUUCCUAACUGUGGUCCACACUGAAUGUGGUCCACAUUCAUAUUUUGGUGAUUCAGCUUGCAUUGCGGGGGAAUUGACUUUAGCUGUGCACAAUCUAUGUGCACUGUACAUAGGUGCAUUAAAGUUGAUGAUCCAUAUUUGCUUUAUAUGCAAUCAGUACUAUUACAUGAUGAUUGUUUUGCAAACAUCCUUAUGCAUAAAUUCAACUACUGCACCACAGUAUUUAAUUUCUAAACCACUGUGUUCCAUAUCAUUCACUCAGAGUAAACAGAGGG